AUGUCGCGCGUCUUCUCCGAAGACUACGAGUUCCUGAUAGGCAACGACAAGCGGCUGUUCGACCCGCGAAGCCCUGCGAUUCAGCGGUGGAACAAGGUCCUCCUCGCGGCCUCGCUGGUGUCCCUAUUUCUCGACCCUCUCUUCGUCUACAUCCCCAAGACGUCGGCCAUGGGGUGCAUUGACAUCGGGACUAGUCUCGAAGUGGUCCUCACCACGCUCAGAACACUGGCCGACAUAUUCUACGGCAUUCAGAUCUACGUCCGCUUCAGUACGGCCUUCGUCGCGCCAUCCUCUCGAGUAUUCGGGAGAGGCGAGCUCGUCGUCGAUCCUUACAGGAUCACGUCGAGGUACUUGGCCAGGGGAUUCUGGGUCGACCUGGUGGCCUCCGUGCCAUUGCCGCAGUUAAUGAUAUGGGUCGUCAUCCCCAACCAUAAGGAUUCCACCAUCACCGACAGCAAGAACUUUCUUCGAUUCAUCAUCAUCUUCCAGUACCUACCCAGGCUCUUCUUAAUCUUCCCCCUCUCCGAGCGAAUCAUAAGGAUGACCGGAGUCAUGACCGAACGCUUGGGCUGGAGCCGCGUGAUCGGAGCAUCGUGGUAUCUUCUGUCGAUCGAGCGGCAAGAAGCAUGUUGGAGAGCUGCCUGCCAGCUCCGGGACUUCUCAUGCCAGUAUAAGAACUUGGAGGGCAAAGGGCGCGAUGGUUGGAAGAGGAGAAGUGAGCUAAUUGGGAGUGAUGGUUGGAAGAGGAAGAAGUCCUGGACGAGGUUUCCUCCUGAAGGAACGAAGAUAACUCCUCCUCACCAGUCACCGGAGUUCCGUUGGAAUGACUAUUGCUAUAGCCAAGGGAAGGAGCAGGAGAAGCAAGUGUUUUGGGCCCUGGCGCCUCUGACGUCCAUGUCCUGGGCUAAUGUUGGAGACGAUGACGAUGACGAUUACUAUGCUACCACGAUGCCGCCCUAG